AUGGCAGCGAGGACUCGCAGGGAGACCGCUCUCACGGAGAACUCAUGGUGGACCAUGCCUGAAAACUUUGUGGCUCCAUUGGUGUUUUAUAUGGACGAGGAGCUGGAGGAGCGUAUCUUCGGCCCCUGGGACGCUGACCUUCGCCGCAUAGAGGAGCACAGCCAUACCCUCAUUCAGCUGGAACGGUGGUUCUCCGCCUCGGGCCAGACGCGCGUCACGAUAGUCGGACCGAUUCGGGCAAGGCAGUGGCUGCUGGCCAUGGCCCUGAGCUUGGGGUGCUCGGAAUUCGAACUUCAGGCCCAAGGCCUUGAGAUGCUGCAGCACAUCCGGAGCCAGGCCCUGACAGACCAAGUUCUGAACUCCUUUCCCAUCCUGCAGCCUUACUUCGAAGACCUGGUGGGUGGGCGCGUCUCUCUUUUGGAUUCGCAGGCAUCCAGUUUAAUUGUGGGUUCACAGGCAUCGCUUGUUUCCCCCAAGUCUCCUCCUAAAUGGUAUCUGUACUAG